GGUAGCCGUUGUCAAUGUCAAUUGUUGAUGUUUUUGUUUUGAAUUAAUCUCCGCCAAAUUUUAAAAUAUAAAAUAAAAAGGAUUCUAAUGAAAGUAAUGGUCAUAGAAGUUACUGAUAAUGUUUUUUUUAAAUAAUAAAAUUACAAAUGGCAACAGAAAAUCAAGGUGAUAAUAUAAAAAAAUAUGAUUUAAAGCUUAAAUCUAGGCCUAAAGAUGGAGUCAUAUUACAACUUCAUCAUACAAUUCGAGGAUCGAAUGGAGAGAGUAGACGUAUUCGCUUUACAGUUGGAAGCUUUGAAGACACACAAAAUAAGUUAGCAUGCGCUGAUAAUGUCGGCAAUAUUUUUUUAUUACAUUUUGCCGAUUUACAAUUCUGGAAACUGAAAAACCUUGGUCCAUGCACUGCAUUGCAAUUUGUUCCGCAUGAUUUGGAGACUCUAGUAGUCGCCACGACGAAAAAUUUGGAAGUUGUAUUUGUUGAUAGUGAAACUACAAAAAUUACACUCACUUUGACGGGUCACACAGCUCCUAUAAAACACAUAUCAUUUUCAAACAGCAAAAUUAACAACUUACUCACAGCUAGUCCAGUUGAGGCUAUUCUAUGGGAACUCAAAAAUCAUACCAAAUAUUUUACUCUGAACACUAAUUCUGGCCCUCAAAUUCAACAGAUCUUAUUUACACCAGCUAGUGAAUAUUUGGUAGCUUGUUUCCAAAAUGAUACUAUUCAGAUUUGGAGGCAUGAGACAAUGAAAUCUGUCAAACAAAUAAUACCCAGUGAGUUGAAGCAUUUAAAAAGCGUAGCAUUCACUAUGAAUGGCAGAGCAAUGGCCAUGUCUGGGCUGGCACCUGUGUUGAUCUUAUUUAGUAUGGACACAUGGAAAGCAUUAAAAUCUGUUGAUUUGCUGAAAUAUAAUAUUUCAGGCAUUCAACAACUUUCUUUUAUACCACAAAUGUUUGAUGGAGGCAGCAAUAAGAUUCUAGCUCUGUUGAGCAGUGAUUGUAUUUUAUAUUUUUUGGAUAUUGAAUCACUUAAGGUUAUACAUAAAAUUCAUCCAGAGUCAUCUGGAAUAAGAAAAUUUGUAGUUAGUUCUACUGGGAAAUAUUUUCUUUGUAUUUUACAGCAAGGAGAAGUGAAUAUUUACAAUUCAUCAUAUGUUAUGGAUUAUGCUAAAAGUUCAUUGGAUGAAACAACACCGAAAAAUAUGUUGCCUUGUUCUUCAAUAUCUCGCAAAUGUGUGGAACAUUCACCAAAAAGAGUGGAAGUCCAGCAAAGAAUGAGAAUUUGUAUGGACAGUGCCAGAUUGAGAAGAAUUUUAAUGCAAUAUGGAGAGUAUCCUGAUAAAUUCCGCUCUAUUAUUUGGAGAUCACUACUGGUUACUCCGAGAAAUAAAACAGCUUAUUCAGUUUUAGUUGAUAAAGGAAUUCAUCAUGCUUAUAAGGAAAUUGAGAAUCAAUUUACUAUUCAUAGCUCUGUUACUCUAAAGAACUUGAAAAGGCUUCUCUCUUGUCUUGCUCAUUGGUGUCCUUUAUUUGGAGUCAUGAAAUUUUUACCAAGUUUUGUGUUUCCAUUUGUAAAAGUACUUCAAAAAGAUCCACUUUUAUUGUUUGAAAGUGUGGCAACAGUGUUGUUAAAUCAAUGUCAGCUCUGGUUUGAAUAUGCUCCUUUCCCUCCAAUUAGUAUCUUAGCAAUGAUCGAGAAUAUACUAGCUGAACAUGACCAACAACUAUUAAAUCAUUUUUGUGAUUUAGGUGUAACAAGUCAAACAUAUGCAUUAACAAUUUUAGAAACCGCUUUCAGUGAAGUUUUGACCUGCUCAGAAUGGUUAAUACUGUGGGAUCACAUUCUUAGUAAUGAACCAGCAUUUAUGCUAAUGGCUGUUGUGUCCUACAAUAUUGUUCAAAAAAAUGCUCUUAGAAGAUUACAGAGUCAUGAGCAGCUUGAAAAAUUUUUCCACAUGCAAAACCCUAUAGAUAAAAAAUCUUUUUUAAAAAAAUCAUAUAUUCUACUAAAUGAGACAAGUGAUGAGAUACAUCCAAGAAGAUUUUUUAAAAAUUUUAUGGCUCUGGACAAAGGAACUUGCUAUCAACAAUUUACAGGCUAUCCUAAAGCAACAAUUUGCCUUAAAUUAGCCAAGAAAACAAGACAAAAAGCACAAAAAACAGAUAAAUAUAGUUUGAGAGAACUUACAAGAAGAACUCAGGAAAGAGAAAUAAAUAAAAAUAACUCGACUAAAAAUGAGUCUAUUGAAUUUGAAAAUAGCUCUGAAACUGAUUUGGAAGAAUAUGAUAAUUUUCUAGAUAGGCAAUCCAAAGGUGACAAGAAAAAUAAUCACAAUUGUCAAGGCAAUGGAGAUCAUAGUAAUGCAAUGAAAUAUGAUUUAUUAAAUAAUAUGCAUUACCCACCUAAUAAAUAUUCUCAUAAAAGUAAACAAAAAACUCACAAUAAAACAAGUAAAAGAGAGUGUACAGACUGUAAAGCCUCUUCACAUUCAAAAUCAAAUAAGAGAACAUCAGAAAAUAAACAUAUUUUGGAAAAGGAAGUUGAGAAAUUAAUCAAAGGUUAUAAAAACUCUGAUAGGUCUGAGGAUUAAAAAGUGGCAUAAAAAUAAAAAAA